AAAAUCUGGAACUUCCCGGGUUACUACAGGGUCUAUGUCACAGUGCCUGUGAGAGAGGACAGAGCACUCUGCAGCCAGCCUCAGAGGCAAAGCUGACCAGCAUUGAAAAGCUGCUUCUUCUUCUUCUCUAAAGGAUUUCUCUUCAGAGACAAAAAGAAACCACCCUGGACAUGGCCUCAGAGAUCCACAUGUCGGAACCCAUGUGCCUCAUUGAGAACACUGAGGCUCAACUAGUGAUCAACCAGGAGGCUCUGAGGAUCCUGUCUGCCAUUACACAGCCUGUGGUGGUGGUGGCAAUCGUGGGCCUCUACCGCACAGGCAAAUCCUACCUGAUGAACAAGCUAGCUGGGAAGAGGACAGGCUUUUCCCUGGGCUCCACUGUGCAGUCUCACACCAAGGGCAUCUGGAUGUGGUGUGUGCCUCACCCCAAGAAGGCAGGGCAAACCCUGGUUCUGCUUGACACUGAGGGCCUUGAAGAUGUUGAGAAGGGUGACAACCAGAAUGACUGCUGGAUCUUUGCUUUGGCAGUCCUCCUCAGCAGCACCUUCAUCUACAACAGCAUAGGAACCAUCAACCAGCAGGCCAUGGACCAGCUGCACUAUGUGACGGAGCUAACUGAUCUUAUCAAGUCAAAGUCAUCACCUGACCAGAGUGGGGUAGACGAUUCCGCUAACUUUGUGGGCUUCUUUCCAACCUUUGUGUGGACUCUGAGAGAUUUCUCCCUCGAGCUGGAGGUUAACGGAAAACCCGUCACUUCUGAUGAGUACCUGGAACAUUCCCUGACCCUGAAAAAAGGAGCUGAUAAGAAAACUAAAAGCUUUAAUGAGCCGCGACUGUGCAUCAGGAAAUUCUUUCCAAAGAGGAAGUGCUUCAUCUUUGACAGGCCUGCUCAGAGGAAGCAACUUAGCAAACUGGAGACUCUGCGGGAGGAGGAGCUGUGUGGUGAAUUUGUAGAACAAGUUGCAGAAUUCACCUCAUACAUCUUGAGCUACUCUUCUGUCAAGACUCUGUGUGGUGGCAUCAUAGUCAAUGGGCCACGUCUAAAGAGCCUGGUGCAGACCUAUGUUGGUGCCAUCAGCAAUGGGUCUCUCCCCUGCAUGGAGAGUGCUGUGCUGACUUUGGCCCAGAUAGAGAACUCAGCAGCAGUGCAAAAGGCCAUCACCCACUAUGAAGAACAGAUGAAUCAGAAGAUUCAGAUGCCCACAGAAACCCUCCAGGAGCUCCUGGAUCUGCACAGGCCAAUUGAGAGUGAGGCCAUUGAGGUCUUCCUGAAGAAUUCUUUCAAGGAUGUAGACCAAAAGUUCCAGACAGAAUUAGGGAACCUGCUGGUAGCCAAGCGAGAUGCCUUUAUCAAGAAGAACAUGGAUGUCUCAUCAGCUCGUUGCUCAGACUUGCUGGAGGAUAUUUUUGGACCCCUGGAAGAAGAAGUAAAAUUAGGGACAUUUUCUAAACCAGGAGGUUACUACCUCUUCCUUCAAAUGAGACAAGAGCUAGAGAAAAAGUAUAACCAGGCUCCUGGGAAGGGGCUCCAGGCAGAAGCGAUGCUGAAAAACUACUUUGAUUCCAAGGCAGAUGUUGUUGAAACACUUCUACAGACGGAUCAGUCACUCACAGAGGCAGCAAAGGAGGUAGAAGAGGAACGUACGAAGGCUGAAGCUGCUGAAGCUGCAAACAGAGAGUUAGAAAAGAAGCAGAAGGAGUUCGAGCUGAUGAUGCAGCAGAAGGAAAAGAGUUACCAGGAGCAUGUGAAGAAGCUGACUGAGAAGAUGAAAGACGAACAGAAACAGUUAUUAGCAGAACAGGAAAACAUCAUAGCUGCUAAACUUCGGGAACAGGAAAAAUUUCUUAAGGAAGGAUUCGAGAAUGAGAGCAAAAAACUUAUUCGAGAGAUUGAUACCCUGAAGCAAAACAAAUCGUCUGGGAAGUGCACUAUACUCUGAAGGCCCAAGGCCCAAACCUCUCUGCCAAGCUCUCUCCAUCACACACUAUGUUGACUGAGCAUCUUCAGGCUUUGAAACAACUGCUAUGAAACUCAAUUCACCUCAGCUCAAAAUCAAUCAUAUGCGACUCCAUUUUGGGGUCACUGUCUGACCACUGGGCACUGUCAGAGGAAGUCCCUCUGUGUGCAGAAUGCAUGUAUGAGCAGAGGUUCAGUCACCUGUGUUAUAGGUACUCUCGGCCUUCAUCAUGCCCAGCCAUACGUUUCUCCUGUAUAAUCUUAAGUGUUCCUCUUUCCUACAGAUAGCUUCUGUAAUCACAGAACAGGCAACUUUUAACUAACUUGCAAAAUGAAUUCCCUUUCAUUUCUCUGAGGACUUUUUCUACUGUUAUUCCAAACCUAAAUCUCAUCCCAGGUUUCCCUUUUAUCUCCCCACUGUGACAACAUGUCUUGAAAUUACUCAAGACAAAUGUCUUGCAAGAGCACAAGUUAAUAAAAAUGAUUAGCCCACUGUAA